GAAAUCGUCUGGUAGCGGCAAAAGCGCGCCAGACUUUGUCGUGUGUCGUCGAUGGAAUCGGUGGCAGCGCUCUAAACGUCCUCAGGUUGGACUGUGCCCGCGAACUGUGUCCAGAGAGGACAGCGAGUGACGUCACCUGAGGGCUACUUUACCCUUCCUGUCUCGAGGAGCAGAAAGCCAUGGAGGCGACCAACUCGAGCGAGGAGCUUCCCCUGUUUCCCGAGGAAGGCAUGCCCGAGGACUACGACUACGAGGAGUCGGCGUGGCGCUUCGACUUCGCCGACCUGGUCCCCACCGCGGCCGUGUACGGCGCCACCCUCCUGCUGGGCCUGGUGGGCAACCUCCUGAUCGUGUACACGGUGGCCCGCUUCCCGCGCAUGCGCUCCAUCUCCAACCUGUUCCUGGCGUCGCUCGCCUCGGCCGACCUGCUCAUCGUGCUGCUCUGCGUGCCGGUCAAGUUCGGCCAGCUCUUCUCGUACACGUGGACGCUGGGCGAGGUGGGGUGCAAGCUGCUGCUCUACGUGCAGCAUGUCUCCAUGAUCUGCUCCGUGCUCAACCUCACCUUCCUCAGCAUCGAGAGGUACUACGCGGUCAUUCACCCGGUACGCUCCCGCUACCUGUGCACCUUCAGUCAGGCAAGGCGGGUGAUCAUCUUCAUUUGGAUCGCUGCCUUCCUCACGGCGCUGCCCAUCAUCUUCGUGCAGGUACACGUGGAAAUGGGCCUACGUCGUCGCGCCUACUGGUGCAUGCGGGACGAGGCCAGUCCCGGAGCGUGGCGCUCCUUCGAGGUCUACAUGCUCAUCCUGGUGCUGUGCAUACCCACCCUGGUCAUGGGCUACGCCUACGCCAAGAUAUGCGCCCAGCUGUGGACGGUCGUCAGAGAGCGGGCCAGUCUCACCACGGGAAGCUCGGUGGCAACGGAGAUGACCGAGAAGAAAUCUAAGAAGAAGACCACUUUUGCGCCGAACGGCGACCCGGCCGGCCUCAAGCCCUCACGAGCAGAUGAGGACACCGUUCGCCAGGUGAUCAAGAUGCUCAUCCUGGUCGUCUCCCUCUUCGUGCUCUGCUGGGCCCCGAUCCUGAUCCUGAACGUGCUGACGGCGUUCGGGGGCGUGGCGACGCUCAACUACUCCUACCUGAAGCCGCUGCGCACCUGCUUCCACCUGCUGUCGUACCUGAACAGCUGCGUCAACCCGCUCGUGUACGGCUUCAUGUCGCGCUCCUUCCGGGGUUCCUUCCGCGAGGCCCUAUUCGGCUGCGUGCACCCGGGCUCGGCGACGCCCUGGCGUGGGGCCACGAUGCGCCUCAGCCGGACGCGCACCACCAGCGUCAGCAUGGGGCGCUCGGCCACCUACGUCACGUGACCCUGCCGACAAAAGCCGGACGCGGGCGUCGGGGACGGCCCCGUCUGCUGUGUCCCGUGGAAGGGCAACGGUCAUUCCGGCGUGGACACUUGAAGAAGAAGAAGAAGACCCAGGUUUAUGGAGACCUCAAGUGAUAGACACCCAGAAUGAUGGCCGCUCCAAAUUGAUGGAAGACUAAAUCGACGUUGGUGUACGCGCUGGAGAGUAGUGCUAGCCUCGCAAACUUGAAGGUUCGUACACCAUUCUAUUGUGUGGACGCUGCAAAGCGGGAGUGCGAACGGUUGGGGGUAUAUUGGGCACUUCGGCGCAUAGUGGACGCUUAAAAGGUACAAGGACGUUUCGGCGGAGAGUGGACCCUCGAGAACACGGCGGACGCCUGAAAACAAGCUGGACACUUGAAAAAACAAGCUGGACACUUGAAAAAACAAGGUGGACGCUUGGAAACACGGUGGACGCUUGAGAACACGGUGGACGCUUGAAACGACGAAGUGGACGCAGUGGACCUCUGAAACUGAUAACGUUAUGCUCUAAGAACCUGGGAGCUUAGCGAAACGAAGAAGCAGCCCCAUUUGGGUAAUGUGGGCAAUUUAAAGUAAAAAUGAGAUGAUAUAUGACCACCGGAGUUUUAUAAAAUGCGGCGCAAAUAUUUCAGAGCCUGGUAGCUUUAUAUUUCUUUAAUGAGUAUUUGAAGAGUCAUUAAACAUGACGGAGCGGAAGUUGCUACUUACGGUCGAUGCUUGACGGGGACAGUCAACACUUGUGGACGUUGUUGUGUAUGCAUAAAAAUGUAUAAAGUGCACACUAAAAGGGCACUUGUGGACUCCAUGGGAGAGAACAGCGAAGUCCUGACGCAGAGCGUGCAAGCAGUGCGGGGUGUGGGUGUUUAAUGCGAGCAGAAAAACGAAAAAAAAAUGUUGGUUUGGACACUUGAGGACGCUCUCACACACAAAAAAAAGAGAUGACAUUUGACAGCACGACGGUCUUAACAAGGAACGCUCGACAAGCGAUAGCAAGGGCGGGAACCUAGUCAGGGUAGUGUUGAAGUCUGUGAAGGCAGUGCGCAGCUGUGUCGGACAAUACAGGGAAUGAAGACGAUCGAAACCAGCGAGAACUCCAGCCGACAGGGCCUUGAAAACAGUGUACAACUAAGAUCGACGUUGGCUGGAGGAGGCGUCGAUAGACGCCCUACGGGCCCCUGCGACCGUUGGUGAUCAACUAUAUAAAGCGCAGUGGCUGGACAGUAACUCCGUAUGACGCUAUUCAGUGGGAACUGCCAGCGAAUAACUGACGCGGUGUGCCAAAAAUGAGUGUGUGCGUUUUGUUUUGGUUUGUUUCCGGUGAAAUAUCGAAGUUGUUUUUCAGUGA